AUGCUUCUAAGAAUAACCAGCCCUUUCUUUAAAAGAAGAGAUCAUAAAGAAAGUAAGAAAAGUAUUUUUAAAAUAUACUCCAGAUAAAUUAAGAGAAGCAUCAUAUAAAUAUUUGAGAAUGGAUUAAUUAUAUCAUACUUUAGAUAAACCUAAUCUAUUUUAACAAAGAGAUAUAAUUUAUUUGAGAAUCCAGAAAACUUAUAAAAAUUAACAGAGAAAAAGUCAUUCAUUUAUAUAAAAAAGGGAUAAGUGAAUAAGAUUUAUUGUAUAAGAUAUUUGAAGGAAAAUAAUUUAAAAGAUUUGAAUUUAGAUAGAAUAAAUAAUGCAGAAUAAAAAUUAAAAGAAUUUUACAAUUUUGCAUCAGCAAUAGAUUAUUAUUAGAUAUUGUCAGUUUCAUACUUUUUAAGAGAAAUUCCGGGUUAUUUUGAAGUAGGUUAAAAAAUAAUGUAAGAAAUAUAAAAGAGAAAUCAGAAUUUUAAUCCAAGAUAUUUUUUAUGUUGA